ACCGACUCUGGCUCUCGCCUUCUGUCUGCGGUCACGUCCCCCUCAGGCUGAUUCAGCCCGGGGUCUUCCGACUAGGAAGCUCUUGCUAAUUAACAAAGUAAUUCCCGCCUGUCCCCUGGCAGCGAGUGCUCUGGACAUCCUGUGUGGGCACACGGGGGACAAGGACGCCUGGGCUCUCUCUUCCUGGCUUUGCCCGGUCUUGCUGUGACUGGCGUGUCUUUUCUGGCGCGUCCUCUCCUCCCUUCAUGUGACAUGAUGUUGAAACGCUUUUCAGGAGCUGAGUACAGGCCUCACAUGCAACCGCAAGGGCCUUUUUCUGUUCCAGCCAGUUUCUCAUGGUAGAGAAUAAGUGUAAAUACUGAUCCUAGCACUGCUCUGCAAGCUGGGGAUGCCAGAAUGAGUAAGGUACACAUCUCUGUCCUCGAGUUAAUUUUUUUUUUUUUAAGUCAAGGAGAUAGCACUACAGUAAUGAAACUGUUGUAGGGGUUUGCUGGCAGACUUAGGGUGCUCACAGGUCAGGCUGAGGUAUCAAUAGGGUUUGGUCCUAAAGGAUGAGCAGGAUUAGUCAGGUGAAGAGGGCAGUGAGGUGGGACGAUAUCCCAGACAUUGGGAGUGGCGUGAACAGAAGGCUCUCCAGUGAGUGACCUGCAAGUUCACUCAAGCUGGAAUGCCCAGUUGUGGGAGAGGCAACUCUGGAAAGCCAGAUCAUGAAGGAUCGUGUGGGCGACAGCGUGAGGAGCACAGACUUUGGAAGCUGAGAAAUGAUGCAAUCCCAUCUUGUGUGAAACUCUUGGGUUUCACAUCCUGAAUAAAACGUUGACGAUCAGUGGAAAUAAGCUUUCAGCUUUGUAAGCUGAGCCGAGGCCUCAAGUCUCUCCUGCACCAUUUGGGAUUAUCCAGGCAAGCCUGACUUUUCAGGACGCAGUGUGACUGCUCAUACAUCCCACUGCAGACAUACUCAUCUGUCUUGGGGCAGUUGGAGACUCAAGUGACCUCAUCACCGUGUGCCUUUGGAACUGCAAGUUCCUCUAGGGUUGUGCUUCCCCCACACCACCACCCCAUCACCCCCAGGCGAUAGCGAAUGGCGGCAGCUAUGGGGGACCCCGGCCUCUCCAGAUUGCAGUUCGCCCCCUUCAGCAGUGCCUUGGAUGUUGGCUUCUGGCAUGAGUUAACCCAGAAGAAGCUGAAUGAGUACCGGCUAGACGAAGCUCCCAAGGACAUUAAGGGUUAUUACUACAACGGUGACUCUGCAGGGCUGCCAGCUCGCUUAACACUGGAGUUCAGUGCUUUCGACAUGAGUGCGCCCACCCCAGCCCGCUGCUGUCCGGCGGUUGGCACACUGUAUAAUACCAACACACUCGAGGCUUUCAAGGCUGCAGAUAAGAAGCUACUUCUGGAAGAAGCAGCAAACGAGAUCUGGGAAUCCAUCAAGUCGGGGGCUGCCCUGGACAACCCCGUGCUCCUCAACAAGUUCCUCCUCUUGACAUUUGCGGAUCUAAAGAAGUACCAUUUCUACUACUGGUUCUGCUCCCCCGCCCUCUGCCUUCCAGAGAGCAUACCCCUCAUUCAGGGGCCAGUGGGCUUGGAUCAAUGGUUUUUGCCAAAACAGAUUCAAGCCCUCGAGCACGCGUAUGAUGACCUUUGUCAGACAGAAGGAGUCCCAGCGCUGCCCUACUUCCUAAUCAAGUAUGAUGAGACCACGGUGCUGGUUUCCUCGCUCAAACACUACAGCGAUUUCUUCCAGGGUCAAAGGACAAAGAUAACGAUUGGCGUGUACGAUCCCUGUAACUUAGCGCAGUACCCCGGAUGGCCUUUGAGGAACCUUUUGGUCCUAGCAGCCCACAGAUGGAGUGGCAGUUUCCAGUCCGUGGAAGUGGUCUGCUUCCGGGACCGCACCCUGCAGGGGGUGAGAGACGUCACCCACAGCAUCGUCUUCGAAGUGAAGCUUCCAGAGAUGGCAUUCAGCCCAGAUUGUCCCAAGGCGGUUGGAUGGGAAAAGAACCAGAAGGGAGGCAUGGGACCAAGGAUGGUGAACCUCAGCGAGUGUAUGGACCCUAAAAGGUUAGCUGAGUCAUCGGUCGAUCUCAACCUCAAGCUGAUGUGUUGGAGAUUGGUCCCUACUCUGGACUUAGACAAGGUUGUGUCUGCCAAGUGUCUGCUGCUCGGAGCCGGCACCUUGGGUUGUAACGUAGCCCGGACGUUGAUGGGUUGGGGCGUCAGACACAUCACGUUCGUGGACAAUGCCAAGAUCUCCUACUCCAACCCUGUGAGGCAGCCUCUGUAUGAAUUUGAAGAUUGCCUGGCGGGUGGGAAGCCCAAGGCCCUGGCGGCAGCGGACCGGCUGCAGAAGAUAUUCCCUGGAGUGAAUGCCAGAGGGUUCAACAUGAGCAUCCCCAUGCCGGGGCACCCCGUGAACUUCUCCAGCGUCACCCUGGAGCAGGCCCGCAGGGACGUGGAACAGCUGGAGCAGCUCAUCGACGGCCACGACGUCAUCUUCCUGUUGAUGGACACCCGGGAGAGCCGGUGGCUGCCUGCCGUCAUCGCUGCGAGCAAGAGAAAGCUGGUCAUCAACGCUGCCUUGGGAUUUGACACCUUCGUUGUCAUGAGACACGGCCUGAAGAAGCCCAGGCAUCAGGGAGCCGGGGACUUGUGUCCCAGCUACCCCAUGGCGUCUGCCGACCUCCUGAGCUCAUCGCUGUUUGCCAACAUUCCUGGCUACAAACUUGGCUGCUACUUCUGCAACGAUGUGGUGGCCCCAGGGGAUUCAACCAGAGACCGGACCUUGGACCAGCAGUGCACUGUGAGUCGCCCGGGACUAGCCACGAUCGCCGGAGCCCUGGCAGUGGAGCUGAUGGUCUCCGUUCUGCAGCAUCCAGAAGGGGGCUACGCCAUUGCCAGCAGCAGUGACGACCGCAUGAACGAGCCACCAACAUCCCUCGGCCUCGUGCCUCACCAGAUACGAGGAUUUCUGUCACGGUUUGAUAACGUCCUUCCUGUCAGCCUGGCCUUUGACAAAUGCACGGCUUGUUCUUCCAAAGUUCUCGAUCAGUAUGAACGAGAAGGAUUUAACUUCCUGGCGAAGGUGUUCAAUUCUUCACAUUCCUUCUUAGAGGACUUGACCGGUCUUACGUUGCUGCAUCAAGAGACCCAGGCUGCUGAGAUCUGGGACAUGAGUGACGACGAGACCGUCUGACACGCGCCUCGCGCUCCGAGGCCGCCGCCCCAGGACUGCACCUCGGCCCCACAUCCCCCAAGCUGGAGGCCUGCCUCCUCGCCGGGAGCCGCUGGCGUCCUCCGUUUCCAACAGCUCCUCAUCCCACGGUUCUGAGCUCAAUAAUAACCUUGGCUUCGGCACUGCUGGUGACCUGGGACUUGGUCCCCUCCUCGAGCGGUUCUUUCUUCUUGGCGGGGGGCGCGCUCCUCCUGGCCGGGACCCCCGUGGGGGGAGUGACGGCGCGGGGGCGAUGGUGGUGGCCAAGAGACCCGAGGGGAGCAAAAAGCCGGCUCCUUCCAGCAGCCUUUGUGGGGGCUGCGGCCCCAGCUUGGCUGGCCAGAGGGGACGCGGGACAGAAGGAGCCAUGCCGGCCCAGGGAAGCAGACCUCCACUGGGGACGCAGGCUACGGCCGGGCGGCUCCCCACCUCCGCUGCGCUGGGGGAAGGAGACCGGGCUCCUUCCUUGGAGCUGCCGGGGCGGGGCCCUCCUGCCCUGGGGCCUGGCCUGAGCGCCUGUUCCCAGGUCCCACCUGUGCCUGGAGGCCUCAACUCCAGGGGGUGCGGAGUGGGUGGUGGGUCUGCCUCCAUGCAGCCAGGGGGAUGGUCAGAGGGUUUGGGGGAGGUGCCCUGCUGGGGUCACUCGGGCUGAUUCCACUCUUCAUCCUGGGCUGCACCUCUGUGGCCGCCACCAAGCAGGGCACAGAAGCCAGGAGCAGGGCCCUUACCACAAUUCUGUGUGCUCGCGCUGUCCUCUUCUAUCGUGGGCGAAGAAGCAAAGUCAGUGAUGAGUCUUGAGUUGGGUUGCUGUAGGUUUUAAAUGAUGCUUCUCUUUUUGAGAGUUAAAAAUUGGUUUAAGCCCCACGUUGGCUGGAAAACUAGAGGCCACUGGACACCAGGCACUGAGCCCACCCCACCGUCCCCCAGCGCCCAAGGAUCACCCUGACAGUUUGUGGUUUAAGAGCACUUUAUUAUUGUUCUUAAGGCUACUUUUAAGUACAAAAAAAAGAUGGCCUGCCAAACCUUUUUUUUUUUUUUUCUCUUCUUCUUCUUCCAGGAAAAACAGGCCACAGAGAAUGGUAUAUUACAGAUUUACAAACACAGAGAGAAUGGUCUGAACACACUGCGGAGGGCCUGGCUCUGUGGAGAACCUCUCUGUGCCCCGAGGCCGAGGAGUGUCCCCCUGCCCGGGGCCCCUCCCGGCGGCCACUCCCAGCAGGGACCCGGCCCUUGGCGCUCCUGUUUCCCCUCCCCAGCGAUGUCCUCGCUGGCGGGCGCCCAUUCUGCACAGAGCCGCCGGCAGUGGGUCGUUUUCCUGGGCGACACUCAGUAGCCUGUAGCAAUAACAAACUAGUGGCUAUUAAGGCAGAUGCAGUGUUCUCAUAGAAUAACUGUGUUCCUGCACUUUUACAGACAAAUCUACGACGAAAAAAAAAAAAA